CGUACCGCGGAAGCAAAUCGACAUUCGGAUCUGGCCGACCUGACCUCACUGCUCUGACGUCGAUUCAUGAACCCUGCCUCGUCACCUUACACCUAGAAGCUAGUAUGCCCCGUUUGCCGCACCAUCUAGCUUCGCUUUUAGUCAAUACCGAACUCAAUCGUACACAUACAAAUUGCAACAUCCAGCAUGGUUCAGACUCUGCUCAUGACCGGAGGUGAUUGGUGGAGUCGCCCGACAAAGAACCUGGGCCAGCAAUUUAUCAUACAACUGAUACAAAACUCUCGGUCAAGCGAGCCAUCUCCUAACAAACUUAGAGGACCGAUCAACGUCUACGUCUGCACGAGAAGGCCACCGCCGGCGAAAGAACUAGAUCUAUCCGUCCUCCGCCAAUCAUCCUCCACCUCAGGCUGGUUCUCCACCAUCGCCCCUCAGGAUAACGGCUCGACUAGCGAUGACAACAUCCUGGACCGGAUCAAAUUGCACCACCUCCCACUCGAUCUGACUUCCCCAUCCUCCAUCCGAGCAUGCGCAAAAUCUUUCCUAGAAAAGGAAUCCAAGCUGGACGUUCUCUUGCUCAAUGCCGCGGUCGCUCCAAAGUCCCGCAAUGUGACCAACGUCAAAUUGAAAGGAGAACCUGUUGAAGAGGCCUUGAUGACGAACGUGCUCGGUCACGCCUUGUUGACCGAGAGCCUCAAGUCUGCUUUUCAUGAACGGGGGUCCGAGCGAUCGACCCGGAUCGUGACGGUAUCUAGCGAGCUACACCGAAGGAUACAAGAGAUUGUCUCGCCUGAUACUAUUUCCGAUCUCUUGGGUCCCGCGGCAUGGGACGGGAUGCGAGCGUACAAGAUCACCAAGCUGAUACAGACGCACGCCGCGUUCGCUUUGCGAGAGAUGUUUCCGGAUUCUCAGCUUGAGAGCAUCGCUGUCAGCCCGGGUGAGUUUCUCACAACUGACAUCGCCCGUGGUCGAAGUCGAGGUGGUACUGACUCGCUACUUUCGAUCGAAACGGGGACAACAGGCUUUGUACCCUCGACGAACCUCUCACAAAACUCGCCCUGGCUAGCACGGCUCUUCAUGCAAUACCUCUUGCACUAUGCUCCGUUUGCGAGUACACCGGAAGAGGGCGGCAAAAAGAUAUAUGAGGCGUGUUUCGGAGAAACGGCGAGUCCGGCGGAGGAUGCGGUCUAUCUCAAAGACCAUCAGAGCGUGAAAGCUGCAGAUGCGAUAUACGAUGUGGAGUUGCGUCGAGCUUGGGCUCAUUGGAUACGGCAGGCCAUCGAUGGACUGGUAGAACCGCCGCCUGCAGCAUAGAGAGGAGCGUGUAUGUAGCUUCGGCACAUAUAGUGGCUAGUCAGAAGGCACUGUGAUAGAUACCCAUACGUCGAAACUAGCGGUUCAGAGUGAUCAGCUAGCAAGAGCCUUGAAGUUCCACUUCAAG